AUGCAUGAAAUGGCCGAACUUAUGAAUCACAACAACAGCAUUUCGCCAUCCGUAUCUUUUCACCAGAGAACUUCUGGGAAAAAUAUUCGAUUAGAUCAAACUGGAUUCACAGCGACUCGUCACACAUCAUUUGAUAAUGGGGUCACAUUCACUAGUAAACCGAUAAAAAUGAAUGAACGUAUUCAUAUGAAAAUCAUCGACAUAGACGAAACUGGCCAAUGGUUAGGAUCGUUGGCUAUCGGUUUUACACAAAUCGAUCCGAGUUCAAUCCAUCGAGAAGAUUUAUGUAAAUCGGCAUUACCAAAUCUUUGCCAUAAGGAUGGUAUCUCUUAUAUGAAGCGUAUCUUCGAAAAAUUAACAAGAGAGAUAGUCAUUACUUUCUAUUUUAAUCAAGAUGGAGGAUUUUAUAUGCUAGAUGGAAAGGAACAAGAAUUGUGUAAAAAUAUUAACAUAUCUCGGCCAUUGUGGGGUGUCAUCGAUAUUUACGGAAAUGUUAAAAGUAUUUCGUUCACGACUGCGCCAAAAGUUACCGACGGAAGUAAAGCAUUCUUUACAAAAUAUCAUCAUAAACCAGAUCAAUUACCUAUCAUUCACUUCACCCAUUUAAAAGCAGCAAAUCUUCAACCCAUCGCCUUUCGCCAUACUCAUGGAGUUGAACUCGACCUCUUCUGUCACAAUAAAGUUGCUUUUCGAAAAAAUGUACAUCGGUUAACACAACCUUAUGUAUUCAUUGAUUUACCAAUGGCUACCGGUGAUGAAAUAUACAUACGAAUAUUGUCCAUCGAUCAGAACUAUCGAACACCAGGAGUCCUCGGUUUUACCAAUGCCGAUCCAAGUGUAUUUACUGAACAUUUCGACAAGUUGCCUACCGGUGAUCCCAUAGCUCUAUACGAUCGUCCAGAAUAUUGGAUCGUGCUUGAAGACGCAUUCGAUGAGAAACUAGCUGAACUUGAUGAAUAUUGUUUCAAGUAUGAAAAAGAUGGCUCUAUUCAAAUGCAACGCAAUAAUGAUCCGAAAACUCGUAGAACUAUUGCACAUGCUGAUUCCUCGCAAAAGUUUUAUUCAUUCCUGUUUCUUAAUGGUCGCAUUUCAGCGUUUUCUCUAGUUGGUGUCUUAACAACAAAUAGGGCACCUGUCAAGCCUAGACCAAAAGACGAUACCGAUGAAAAUGACGGUCUUUGUCAAUUAUGCUAUGACGAGAAAGCUAAUUGUGUCUUUCUUCCAUGUGGCCAUUUAUUUCUUUGCUCAAAAUGUCGAGUUCGAUACGAGAGUUCGUCAAAUGAAAAACGUUGUCCAACGUGCCGCAAGCCAUACCAGGAUAUUUGUCUAAUCGCUGAUGAUUAA